CAGUACAUACAUGCGUACAUACAUGCAUACAUACAUACAUACAUACAUACAUACAUACAUACAUACAUACAUAAAAGUUUUGACUGUUGAUUUCCAGCCUGUCUGUGUCUAUGUGAUGAUAUACAGUAUAUGUACGAAUCCUACCCAAGUGACCCAAACGAUUAGUUUAUGUAUGUGUAGGUAUGCAUGAGUACAUGUCUAUGUAUGUAUAGUAUGUAUGAAUCAGUUCUAUGGUUCAUCACUCCAUCUCCAGCCUGUAUGUGAGCUCAGCUCGUUCAGUCUGUGGUUUACACAGGUGUCACUUUGAAGGUUGAUGUGUGUGUAUUGGGCAAUCCAAAAGUUUGAUAUCUUGGAAGAUAUUAGAAAUAUUGUUUCGAUAUUUCAUGUGAGUAAUAAGCUCAUCAUGGCGAGCAUUUUGAUGCAUAAUAUGUGUAUAGUGUAAUAUUGAGGGAGUAAAUGCACUUUAUACAUUUGUCCUGGUUUCAAUGUUUUUAUUGGGACAGACACUCACACACACAUGGGAUUUCCAAUCGACUUUGACUUUAAUUAUCUUCAACACAAUGUGUAUUAUUGCUUAGAAAAUCAACAGCAAAUAAUUCUACUAUAGUUCCUAUCAUGCAGAAUGCAGGAGAACAGUACUAAUGAUGAUGAUGAUGAUGAUGCAGAUGACGAUGAAGAAUGGUUCAGCAGCUCAUCAUGUCUUGUUCUUCGUCAGAUGCCUGUGAACUCACACUGGACCUAAACACGGCAAACAGAUACCUCUCUCUGUCUGAGGACAACAGAAUGGUGACGGUGGUUGAAGAGGACCAGUCGUAUCCGGAUCACCCAGAGAGAUUUUACUCCUGGUACCAGGUGUUGGUUAGAGAGGCUCUGACUGGCCGCUGUUACUGGGAGGUAGAGAGGAAAGGACGAGUUGAUAUAGGAGUGACAUACAGAGGAAUCCCAAGGAGGGGAUGGGGUGAUGAUAGCGGGCUUGGAUGGAACAACAUGUCCUGGAGUCUUGUGUGUUAUGACGAUCAUUACUUUGCCCAGUACAACAGGAGUAGAACAGCCCUCCCUCUCCCCCCCGCUGGCUCCACCAGAGUAGGAGUGUAUCUGGACCGGCCUGCUGGCUCUCUGUCCUUCUACAGAGUGUCCCCAGGUGGAGGAGGGUCCUCAGACACACUGACACACCUCCACACCUUCUGGUCCUCCUUCACCCAGGAGGACCUCCUCCCUGGGUUUAGGGUAUGGGGGGGUCAGUGGGGUGCCUCAGUGUCUCUGUGUCCGUUGUAGAAAAAAAAAACAUACAGACGGACACACACACAUACACACACACACACACACACACACUUUUAAAAAAAUGUGUCCGGGUGGAAUUUCAAAAUCGUCCGGGAUUUUAUUAAAGCCUCAUACAUGUUCACAUUGAAUUUGCGUUGACAAACUAGUUGGGCUCUGCCCUCCCCUACUCAGUUCUGUUCGCUUUGCAUUGGUGGAAGUGAGUAGGGGGAGUGGUUAGGUAGAGCCUUCUGAUUGGACGGUUUGACUUUAGAGUUACCGUCAUGUUUUGUAUAUUUUUAUUUACCAUUAUUGUUUUAUAGGGACAACAUUAA